CGAUCCCGAGAUGCAUGCCCCUCCACCCGCUCUGAAGCCUUAUAUGUAAAGUAGAGCACCAGCUCUCCGGCGAUGCCUUCACACUGCCCCCCAGGAAGACCAAUCGCCCAUCUCACAUAACACGGGUAACUCGCCCAUCAUGCAUUCUACCAAUGGCAACAGCAAGCUCGCACCUCUCGAAACCCCGCCAGGCCGGCCGGACGAAGCAUACGUCCUGCAAUCCCUCUGCGGCGAGCUGAUCUACAUCCCCUGCUCCAAAUCCAUCAUGCGCCUCGCGGUAACGGGCAAAGAAACCAACGAUUCCUUCUGCGUAGUCGGCACGGGGGGCGCGCAAAGCGAUCCCAUCGGCUUCCACUACCAUCGCCAAGCGCACGAUGUCUUCCUCUGCAUCAAAGGCAACAUUAAUGUCUGGGCCAAUGACCAGUGCCGAACUCUCGGGCCGGGUGACUUCGCCAGCGUGCCUCCGGGCGUCAUCCACCAAUAUCAAAUUGUGGGAGAUUACACCGAGUUCUUGGGCUUGAUUGUUCCCGGCGGGUGGGAGGAGUUCUUUCGUUUCAUCGGCGAGCCGUAUAACGGGCCUUUGUUCCCUCUCACCGACGACCGGAAUGUUUUCCAGGUGCUGAUUCCCAAGUUGAAGGCGGCGGCGGAGCAGUUUGAUAUGGUUCCCGUCCGGGAUCAUCCGAGUGUCGAACCGCAAGCAUGGAUUGCAGGCAAAGACGACAACCUUCCUGGCGCUCUGGAGCCGUACUUUCUCCGAGCUGGGACUGGACCACGGCAUUUGAUUGGAGGGGUUGUGUGCACCACUCUUGCUGGCAUGGCGGAGUCCAACGGCCGUUUCUCCAUCGCCAGCAUCGAGGGCUGCUCUGCACACGAACCAAGCCCGCUGUCCAAGGGGUUGACGUUCGAUGAAGUUCACCACGCCUUCUACGUCGUCGACGGAAGUGUGACCUUCAAGCUUGGAAACGAGCAAGUGACCCUGACAUCAGGCCAGUCAAUCUUUGUCCCUCAAGCACAUUCCUUCGCCAUCACUUUUGCCAGCCGCUUCGCGAAAGCGUACGUCUUCACCAACGGAGAGGGUCUGCCCGGGUUACUGCGGAAAGCUGGCACUCCCUUUCAGGAAAGCAUCCCGCCUGCAAACCCCACGUCUUGGGAGGAGUCAAGGCUGCGCGAGCACGAGUCUUCAUUCAAGUUUUCGCUCGCUUCAGCGUAGUUAGAUAUCUGCCUAUUGAUAAUUGACAAAGAACU